CGAGAAUAAUUGAGCCGGACACGGCGAGGCAAGCACCGUAGGCAAGCAAGCAAAGAGGCUCCGGCGAUCGACGACAGUGAGCGUCUGAGCAAGGCUGCUGCAUGGACUAUCCUGUGAACGCAGCAGGGUCGGGCAGUCCAUACAGCUCGCACUUGAAGAGCAAUGGUUACGAAGAUGGCACAGACGAGGAUCAGGAACAAGAGGUGCCUACACUACCCAAUCAGCUACUUCAGCUCAGCCCAGGAGCAAGGAGGGUGACCGACGCAGAUGAAGAGAUCUUUCUCCUCUACACCCUCACCCCGGCUCUAGCCGGCCGGUACGGUCUGGGCCAAGUCGACUCCAAGCACGAUCUACUGACCAUCACCUUUGACCUUGACAAGGACGACCCGCCUGAAGUGAGCAGUAGAAACAGUGACAGUCUGAGCUCGUCAGCUACAAGGUCUCGAAAAGAUGCGACAAGCAAGGUCGCCCGAGGUUCAAAGAGGCAGGGUCUGUCGACUGGGAGCAAGAGCAGCAAAAAUGCCACCUCUUCAGCACGCGACACGACGGUCAAUACGCUGCUCUUUCAGGAUUCCACCUCUCUGCGCUCCAACGCUGGAGAUACAGGCAGUGUCAUUUGGAGGUCAUCCCUCUACCUUGCCGCCUGUCUCACGAGGCAGCUCUAUCGUCCUCAGCGAGGCGAUGAGCCUCUUUCACUCUUGAACAGGAAAGCCCUUCUCAACCCAAAAGGUGAACAAGAAGACGGCAGGAUCAAUAUCUUGGAGCUCGGGACUGGCACAGGCGUAUUGCCUGCCAUCCUCUUGCCCUUUUUACAGACUCGUCGCCUUGCAAAUCGGCUACACUGGACAGCGACCGACCUGGAGGAGCUGCUACCCUUGAUCCGCCGCAAUCUAAGCGACAAGCUCUCUUCUACCUCGUCAGACUCGGAAGAGGGCGGGAUUACCCUCUCGUCUCUCCCACUAGACUGGAUGCACGCUUCGAAUCUCCUGCAUUCCUCUACCUCCUACGCAGGUGGGAGCGAAGCACUACGUCGCUCCCUCCUUCCUUCUUCGCUCACAGGCUACCCCGACUUGCUAAUGGCAGUGGAUUGCAUCUUCAAUCCUUCUCUCUUCGACCCGCUUCUCGAUACCAUCGACCUCUUCACGCUCAAGGCACACACAGUGGUCCUCUUGCUUGUGGAGCUGAGGUCGGCAGAGGCUAUGAGGGAAUUUAUGGAAGGUUGGCUGAAGAGGGAUGGUGGAUGGAGGGUUUGGAGCGUGGAUGUGGAGCAGAUGAAGGGGAUGGAAAAAGGUUAUGUGAUCUGGGUGGGAUGGAAGGAGUGACUGCCGCAAGGACCUUGAGCUCAAAUGGUUCGCCUCCUGCACUUUCAUUGUACUAUAGUAUACAUCACAAAGCCAACGAGGGGCAUCGCAUAGCGACACAUUGAUUCUAGAGGCCGAAUAACCAUCGCGUGUUCCUCUCUGCAAUCCCAGCUACUUCUGCUAUCUCCA